AUGGAGUCGCUUGUAUUAUUGGCUGGUGACGGGAAUAAAACUCCAAGCAAUGCGUGGUUCCUCGAGACCAGCGCAACACAACACAUGACGCAUUUGGCGCCACUCCUCAACAACAUUGGUGCACUGGGAGACAUUGCACGUGUGGACUUUGGAGACGGCAAAUUGUUGCCGGUGGUUAGAGUUGGGAAUACUCGUCUCAUCAUCGAUGGCGGACCGGUGGAAAUCGCGAAUGUGCUUCAUGUCCCGGGGUGGAAGGAGAAUCUUCUUUCCGUCAUGCAAUUUGCAAGGAAAGGCGUGACCGUCGCCAUCAACGACACGAAGAUGAACCUUUUUUGGAAGGGGAAGCAAUUCACACAAAGCGUUCUCAACGGACACCUCUACCAGCUCAAGACGCACCCAAAAGCAGCUUCAUCCUAUGUGACGCAAGGCUCGAAGCCGACUCUUAAGGUGUGGCAUAAUCGGCUUGCGCACGCCAACUACGGGUGA